CCUUCACUUCCUCUUAGUAAGUGAGGAAGUUUCAGGCAGUUAAUCCGACGCUUCAUUCGUUCUUUCACUGAGCUGUCAACAUUUAAUUGUGAGGCGACUACAUUCGAUAUAAAAUAUAUAUAGCCAGCUAUACUUCUCUGCAACAACGUUUUUCUCUUUGAAAACAGCUGCUCUCGUCUUACUAUGACUCUCAGGUGAUCGUCAAAGAGUCCAGGUGGUUCUGCUGUGCUCUGUGGCCUUGGUGACUUAUCUGCAGAAUGGAGAAGGAAGAACUGAAGAUCGUGAAUAAGGAUGAGGAGGAUGAGAUGGAGCUCCAGGGGUACCGUGUGUGUCGGUGGCGUGUGGCAGUGGUGAGCCUGGGGGUGCUAUGUACAGGGGGUUUCCUCCUGCUGCUGCUCUACUGGAUGCCAGAAUGGUGUGUGAAGGCCACCUGCACCCGGACCACCGUGAGAGAGGCCGAAGUGGUGUUGCUCCAAUCAACCGAUGACUUUAAGCGCUGGUUCCUGGCCAAGGUGCGUGUGAUGCUGGCCCCUGGAAGAAACCCCUUUGACAGCCUGGAGACCCAGACCACUCCCCCCAUGACCAAUGGACACUCCCCCCACCCCUCGGACGGCUUCACCCAGGAGUUAAUCAGGAAGUAUGCAGAGUACCAACCCACUCAGAUUCGCUAUUUUACACUCCAUAGCACAAAGUACUACUGGAACGACGAGGUCCACAAUUUUGAAGUAUUAACGGGCCUGGAGGACCGGGAGGUGACCUGUUCCACCGUCCACUCAGAGCACAGCACGGGGCUCACCAGCAACCAGCAGGAGUACAGGAGACUGUUUUUCGGAGUGAAUGAAAUUGCAGUGAAAGUGCCUUCAGUUUUCAAGCUUCUAAUCAAAGAGGUCCUCAACCCUUUCUACAUCUUCCAGCUCUUCAGUGUGAUCCUGUGGAGCGCUGAUGAGUACUACUACUAUGCCGCAGCCAUCGUCUUUAUGUCGGUCAUUUCCAUAGCUACCUCGCUGUACACCAUCAAAAAGCAAUACGUCACGCUUCAUGACAUGGUGUCAGCACACAGUAUUGUCCGAGUUUCAGUCUGCAGAGCCAGCAACGACAUCGAGGAGGCCCUGUCCACUGACCUGGUGCCCGGCGACGUCAUGGUCAUCCCUAGCAAUGGGACCAUUAUGCCCUGCGACGCGGUGCUGAUCAGCGGCACCUGCAUCGUCAACGAGAGCAUGCUGACAGGUGAGAGUGUGCCAGUCACCAAGACCAACCUCCCCAACCCGGGCGAAGGGGACAAGGAGGGUGACGCAGCUUACAGCAUGGAGGAGCACAAGAGACACACCCUCUUCUGUGGCACGCACGUCAUACAGACCCGCUUCUACUCAGGGGAGCUGGUCAAGGCAGUGGUGGUCCGCACAGGUUUCAGCACAGCUAAGGGCCAGCUGGUGCGCUCCAUCCUGUACCCCAAGCCCACCGACUUCAAGCUGUACCGCGACGCCUACCUCUUCCUGCUGUGCCUGGUGGCUAUAGCUGGCAUCGGCUUUGUCUACUCCAUCGUCCUCAGCAUCAUGAACAAUGUGCCAGCCAAGACCAUCAUCAUUGAGUCCCUGGACAUCAUCACCAUCACUGUGCCCCCCGCGCUGCCCGCUGCCAUGACGGCAGGCAUCGUGUACGCCCAGCGCCGCCUCAAACGCAUCGGCAUCUUCUGCAUCAGCCCCCAGAGGAUCAACAUCUGUGGCCAGCUCAACCUGGUCUGUUUCGACAAGACAGGUACACUCACAGAGGAUGGAUUAGACCUGUGGGGAGUCCAGAGAGUGGAGAAGGGGACUUUCCACCUGUCAGAGGAGAAUGCCUACAAGGACACUCUGGUUAAGUCCCAGUUUGUAGCCUGCAUGGCCACCUGCCACUCUCUUACCAAUAUCGAUGGCAAGCUGUCCGGAGACCCUCUAGAUCUGAAGAUGUUCGAGGCCACAGGCUGGAUCCUGGAGGAGGCCACUGAGGAGGAGACCUCCCUCCACAACCGUAUCAUGCCCACCGUGGUGCGGCCCCCCAAGCAACUGAUGCCCCCCGAGCCCGUCAUGUCACCUGAACAGGACAUGGAGCUGUAUGACUUGUCGUCGGCCUAUGAGAUUGGUAUCGUGCGUCAGUUCCCCUUCUCCUCGGCGCUGCAGAGGAUGUGUGUGGUGGCCCGUCUGCUGGGGGAGAAGCGCAUGGAUGCCUACCUCAAGGGGGCGCCAGAGGUGGUGGCCAGCCUCUGCAAGAAAGACACUGUUCCAGAAGACUUUGCAGAGGUUCUGGAGGACUACACCAAGCAGGGCUUCCGGGUCAUCGCCCUGGCCCACCGCCGCCUUGAGUCCAAACUCACCUGGCACAAAGUACAGAACGUCAACAGGGAUCAGAUGGAGGCCAACAUGGAGUUCCUGGGGCUGAUCAUCAUGCAGAACAAGCUGAAGGCUGAGACCUCCGGGGUACUGCAGGACCUCCGCAGGGCACACAUCCGCACCGUCAUGGUCACUGGUGACAACAUGUUAACGGCCAUCUCGGUAGCUAGGGACUGUGGCAUGAUUCCCCCUCAGGACCAGGUCAUCAUCGCUGACGCGCUGCCCCCUAAAGAUGGCCAGGCGGCCAAGAUCACUUGGCGCUACGCAGACAACCCCAGCAAACAUGUGGGCAAAGCACCACGCCUGGAGGAAGUACAGAUCAAUCUAGAGGAUGUGCAUCACACUCACAAGCCUCAGGACCAGUACCACUUUGCUAUGAGUGGCAAGUCCUUUGCUGUCAUCACCGAGCACUUUCAGGACCUGCUGCAAAAGUUGGUGCUGCAUGGCACCGUGUUUGCCAGAAUGGCCCCCGACCAGAAGACCGAGCUCAUUGAGGCACUGCAGAGUGUGGAUUAUUUUGUGGGCAUGUGUGGAGACGGCGCAAACGAUUGUGGUGCUUUGAAGAGGGCUCACGGUGGGAUCUCUCUCUCUGAGCUGGAGGCCUCUGUAGCCUCUCCCUUCACUUCCAGGACACCCAACAUCUCCUGUGUGCCUAGCCUCAUCAGAGAAGGGCGAGCGGCUCUCAUCACCUCCUUCUGUGUGUUCAAGUUCAUGGCCCUCUACAGCAUCAUCCAGUACAUCAGUGUCACCCUGCUCUACUCUAUCCUCAGUAACCUGGGAGACUUCCAGUUCCUCUUCAUCGACAUCGCAAUCAUCCUCCUCGUAGUCUUCACCAUGUCUCUGAACCCAGCGUGGAAGGAGCUGGUGUCGAGGCGUCCCCCCUCAGGUCUGAUCUCAGGCCCUCUGCUGUUUUCCGUGCUGACUCAGAUCCUCAUCUGUCUGGGCUUCCAGACCAUUGCCUUCCUCUGGGUCCGACACCAGGCCUGGUACCACAUCUGGACGCCACAGUCCGAUGCCUGCAACUCGUCCCUCCGUGCCAACUUGGGGCCAGAACACAACUCCUCAGAGGAGAGGGACGACCACAACAUCAAGAACUACGAGAACACCUCCCUGUUCUACGUCUCCUCCUUCCAGUACCUCAUCGUGGCCAUCGUCUUCUCCAAGGGGAAGCCCUUCAGACAGCCCAGCUACAAAAACUGGCCUUUUGUGGUGUCAUGUAUUGGCCUGUACAUAUUUAUGUUCUUCAUCAUGUUUUACCCUGUGUCUGCUAUCGAUGAAUUCCUAGAGAUUGUGUGUGUUCCGUUUGAAUGGAGAAUCACUCUGUUCUUCAUCAUCAUAGUCAAUGCAGUCGUGUCUGUAUUGGUGGAGACCCUCGUCCUUGACGUCGUCUUAUGGAAGCUUGUCUUCAGCCGAGACAAGCAGGGCGGCUAUGGCACCACCCAUGCCGCUCCAACAACACAGGGGGGCAUCGACCUCUGGGGAGCCAAAUGUCUGUCGUGGCUGUGCUGCCGCCGGAGGAAGGUACCCAAGGCGCGCUACAUGCACCUGGCCCAGGAGCUUAGCGUGGACCCCGACUGGCCCCCCAAACCCACCACCACCACCGAGGCCAAGCACCCACUGCCCGGCAACCCCCCUGAAAAUGGCUCCUCCUACCAGAUAAUGGCCGACUCCUAGCACCCCCCCGCCCCACUCUUGGCUAAAGCAAAAACACACACUCCCGACCAAAAGGACAAAAAGAAACAGUGGUCUAUGGAAAGAACAAGGCGAAAGAUGGGGUGAUGGUAGAAAAGGAUUUUGGGGUGAAGUAAUGGUAGUGUGGAUCUCUCCAUGCUCUUUGCUGCUCAGAUCCAGCACACUGUUCAGACCCUGGCUGGUCUACGUAACCCUCACCAACCAAACCCCUCAACCUGCCACCACCCCCUGGUAUACAAUGGUUUGUCUACUACACAAAUACACCCCCAGUAUGGUCUACUCUAUAUCCACCCCGCCUUCAGCUGGUCUACCUGCAGUCCAAGAGUCCAUGUUGUCCACAGGCUGGGUCCUGUGUCAGAGUCAGACCCCUGUGUCAUUAUUAUGAGUUUAAUCAUUGCCUACCUGCUUUUUAACCCUUGCAGAACUAUGCAGUGAACUGACGAAACUCCAAUCGUAGUCUUAAAACGGUAAUGAUUUUUACAAUUGUAAUUGGUAUUGCUGUGAUUCCUCCAUGAGCUCCAGACCUUCUCGCAUUUUUGCUUUUGUUUGUAAGCAGCCACCAGCCAUCUCCACUAACAUGGUUAUCAUACAGGGGACUUGAAGCAUGGAUGUGCAUGAACCCAGCUCCGUUUAGCCAUUGUUAUAUGGUGGUUGGAAUACUACUGCUUACCCAACAGUACUGUAGUAUUAAUAUUGCUGAACAGGGACCAGAACCUUUUUGUAUUAUGAAACUAGGCAUAACAAGAGGCAGUAUGUAAACGGCUUGGAAUCACAGGUAGCAGCAACCCACCCCACUGCAUGUAGAAACCAUCUAAAGGCAAAUAGACUUGCAAAAUCAUGUCAAACUGGCCUCACAUGGGCUAGCCUUGCUCCACAUGGAGAAGGUCUGUCUUUAAAAAAGAAAAAAAAAAGAUAUGAUAAUGGUGAAAGGCGAGGCAUUGUGAAAUUGAUUACCUAGCCGUAUGCGUGCGCUCUCUCCGUACAACCAUGCAACUGGCAAGAUACUGUACUACCAAUGUAUACUCCACUAAAGCCAUGGUAGCAUGAAUGUAUUGUAUUAGCAUUGCUCACUGCACAGUCAAAAGAGAAAUCAAAGGGCUUAAAACUCAUUGUCCAUCAGAGGAGGCUGCUGUGUAGAGAUAUAGGAUGACGUGCUCAUUGUAAUGGCUGGAAUGGAUGAAUUAAUUUCAUUCCAACCAUUACAAGUCCGUCCUCUUAUAUCUCCGCCCACUAGCCACCAUUGUUGUCCAAAUUCUCAAAGAUACAAUACACACUCUGUCACUGUAUAUAUUUUCUCAACAGUUUAUUUCAUAACAGAAAAUGUACAUUGUGCAUUGCUGUCCAGCCUCAUGAUGUGUUGUACAUGUCAUAUUUUCUGCCAGUCAGUCAUAAGCCAGUCUUUCUCCUCAUAGUAGCAGGUCGUCACAUCUCGUCAGAGAUCCUAGUUUGUGUUCAUCUGAUGUAAAUAUUUUAUUUGAUGACAUUCCAAAUGUGUGUCAGAAUUGCCGGAAACACAAUACUGAGAGGUAUCGCUAAGAAUGCAAGUUCAAAUCUUUAAAAAUGAUGUAUUUACAUGGUGUUAAAGGUCCAAUGCAGCUGUUUUUAUCUCAAUAUCAAAUCAUUUCUGGGUAACAAUUAAGUACCUGACUAACCAGGUUUAACAUCCAACCUUUUAUGCAAGUAAAGUACAUGUCGGAUAAAAAAUGUCAUGACAGGCCUGAUGGAAACCAUUUUUUCCGGGAAACUUUCCAAAUGUCGACAAAACAAAAUCCGCCAGACAAGGUGGGAUCAGUAAAAAUGAUUAUGCGGGAGAAAUAGUAAUGCUUUUAUGAUAUAGUAACCAUCAUAUCGAUGUGAACUUGGAGUCACGCGAUGACGUGUAGUCCUCCCACUAAUACUCAUCAGGAAAGCAUGCAGUUUGUUACAGAUCUAAAUAAUGGAUGAUGAACUUCAAAGGGUGGUGAAAGUGCAAGUAGAUGCGCUUAAUUCUUUCCCGUAAAUAUCGAGGGUCUUAUUUUGGUGACAUAAUUCAUCCUUGGCUGCAGUUUGACAAAUAAAAAUAGUCUUGCUCUUUUGUCCAUAAUAAUAAUCUCAUGUAGGCUAUAUGUGAGCUCUAAGCAAAAAUGGCUUCUUAGCAAAUCGCAAUUUUGCUGGGAGUGGUCCGAGUGGAGCAGGGAAAACUGAGAAUGAGCUAUUAUUUAUUGGCAGAGGUUUUGACCUCUUUCUUUUUGGCCUAUUAACUAAUUUACCACCUGGUGGAGUCACCAGGCAGGCCAAAACUCCACCCCAACAGCUCUUAUACUAAGUGGUUAUCAUUUUCACAAGUUCACAGUAUUAUUCCAAGCUCAGUGUGAAAAUAUAAAACACAGAAAAAUCACGUUUUUGACUUCACUGGGCCAUUAAGGCAAAGUGUUAACUCGUUUUAUUUUUCAGAUUCACAUUUCAAUUUCAGGAAUGACAGCAACAGAUGUCCUAGUUAUACAUUAUUUGCAUGAUCAAACCUUCCAGAUCUCUACUAGACAUACUACCGUUCCAAGGUGUGGGGUCACUUAGAAAUGUCCUUGUUUUUGAAAGAAAAACACUUUUUUUGUCCAUUAAAAUAACAUACAAUUGAUCAGAAAUACAGGGUAGACAUAGUUAAUGUUGUAAAUGACUAUUGUUGCUGCAAACAGUGGAUUAUUUUCAAAUGGAAUAUCUACAGAGGCCCAUUUUCAGCAACCAUCACUCCUGUGUUCCAAUGGCACAUUUUUAGCUAAUUAAAGUUAUUUUAGAAGGAUAAUUGAUCAUUAAACCCUUUUGCAAUUAUGUUAGCACAGUUGAAGACGUGUGCUGAUUUUAAAGAAGCUUUUAAACUGGCCUUCUUUAGACUAGUUGAGUAUAUGGAGCAUCAGCAUUUGUGGGUUCGAUUACAGGCUCAAAAUGGCCUGAAACAAAUAAGUUUCUUCUAAAACUCGUCAGUCUAUUCCAUGCUAGAAAUUACCAAGAAGAUCCCGCACAACGUUGUGUACUACUCCCUUCACAGAACAGCGCAAACUGUCUCUAACCAGAAUAGAAAGAGUGGGAGGCCCCGGUACACAACUGAGCAAGUGGACAAGUACAUUAGUGUCUAGUUUGAGAAAGACUCCUCACAAGUCCUCAACUGGCAGCUUCAUUAAAUAGUACCCACAAAACACUAGUCUCAAAGUCAACAGUGAAGAGGCGACUCCGGGAUGCUGGCCUUCUAGGCAGAGUUCCUCUGUGUUCUUUUGCCUAUCUUUUCUUUUUAUUGGCCAGUCUGAAGUGGCUUUUGCUUUGCAGCUCUGCCUAGAAGGCCAGCGUCCCGGAGUCGCCACUUCGCUGUUGACGUUGAGACGGGUGUUUUGCGGAUACUAUUGAAGCUACUAGUUGACGACUUGUGAGGCAUCUUUCGCAAACUAGAUACUCUAAUGUACUUGUCCUCUUUCUCAGUUGUGGCCUCCCACUCCUCUUUCUAUUCUGGUUAGACAGUUUGUGCUGUUCUGUGAAGAGUAGUACACAGCGUUGUAUGGGAUCUUCCGUUUCUUGGUAAUUUCUCGCAUUGAAUAGCCUUCAUUUCACAGAACAAGGAUAGACUGACGGGUUUCAGAAGAAAGUUUUGUUUCUAGACAUUUUGAACCUGUAAUCGAACCCACAAAUGCUGAUGCUCCAGAUACUCAACUAGACUAAAGGACAGUUUUAUUGAUUCUUUAAUCAGAACGACAGUUUUCAGCUGUGCUAACAUAAUUGCAAAAGGGUUUUCUAAUGAUAAACUUGGAUUAGCUAACACAACGUGCCAUUGGAACGCAGGACUGAUGGUUGCUGAUAAUGGGCUUCUGUACACCUAUGUAGAUAUUCCAUUAAAAAAAUCUGCUGUUACCAGCUCCAAUAUUAAUUUACAACAUCAAUGUCCACAAUGUAUUUCUGAUCAAUUUUGUUAUUUUAAUGGACAAAAAAAAUUGCUUUUCUUUCAAAACAAGGACAUUUCUAAGUGACUCAACUUGAACGGUAGUGUAUAUUGUUCCUGAUAUUUGGAGUGUUGGUAAUAUGACACAGGUGAUUUUUGGAGUGUUGGUAAUAUGACACAGGUGAUUUUUGGAGUGUUGGUAAUAUGACACCGGUGUAUAAAGAAUGCACAGUAGAGAGCACAUUCUCCAGGAAUAUCCAGCAAUUUUGGUCAUUGACAAUAUAUGACCAGGAACAAGAGUACAUCCUCCUGUGACAAUUAACCUGUUUCUGCAAACCAACUCUAGAUUGAAUCCAUGACAGUUCUGCUUUUAGUAAAGGUAUAUUUACUCAAUGUUUCUGAAGAAUGAUUUACAUUGGUGUUGGUAUUUAAUUAUGUUGAGGGGAUCUUUCCUAAAUAUCUGUACAAGAUGCAAAUUUUUCUUUUCAGAACAAAAUGUUCAAUUUUACAUUUAGUUAUUCAAAUUAAAAAUGUAAUUUUUGUUGAAUGAUUAUAGAGUAAAAAACAUUUUAAAUGUUUAAGUGGUUGUAAACAAGUCAUGUUUCCAGAAAGUUCAAAAAGGCCCACCUCCAAAUCAGACUGGAACAUUAUGGACUUUUUAAUGUUAAUAAUACAAAGAAAAUUGGACUAGCUGUAUUUUAUUAAAUGUACAUUUACAGUAUGUGUUUUUAGAUGUACCUUCAAAAACAUUGUUUAGAGAUGUGCUUGAAAUAUGGAUAAUGCGCUUAUAUCGAAGGGCUGUAGUGGUGCUUUCUACUCUCGGUACUGUUUUGUCACAAUCAGUUGUUUGUACACUUUUUUUGUUGUAAUGUUUGGAUUUCUUUCCAGUGUUUUGUCACUAUCAAUGUUAUGGAACAAGCGAUGCUAUGUGUUUAUCUUCCUGAAUCAGACAUGAGUCCAUUGGGCAUUUCUAUAAUUAUUUAAGUCAAUGAUGUUGAGGUGCAAUUGUCUGAUACUACUAGGGCCCUCAAACUAAACUUUGGACCUCGACGCCAGUUAGCCUUUUUCUUCUUUCUCUCCAUUGUUCCUCUCUAAUCAGGGACUGAUUUUAGGUGUGUGCAAUUAAUUAUCAGGUAGAACAGAACUGGUAGGCGCCGGACCUCGUAGGGAAGGGGUGUCAAACUCCGUCUGUGGAGGGCCUAGUGUCUGCAGGUUUGAGUUUUUUCCCAUUCAAUUAAGGCCUAGACAACCAGGUGAUGGGGAGUUUUAUUAGUUAGUGACCUUAAUUCAUAAAUCAAGUACAAGGGAGGAGCGCAAACCUGCAGACAAUGGUCUCUCUGAAAUGAGUUGGACACGUGUCGUAGGGUGAAAGUUAAAUACCCCUGCAAUAGGGCUUGUGACCUAACCAGGGAAAAACUGGGGCCUAGUUAUCUCUAAAGCAGGGGUGUCAAACUCAUUCCAUGUAGGGCCGAGGGUCUAAUGGUUUUUGUUUUUUCCUUUCAAUUUGUGUCCAAUUAAGACCUAGGCAGUUCCCAACUAAUCAAUAACCUUAAAUUAGCAAUCAAGUACAAGGAAGGAGUGAAAACAUGCAGACACUCAGCCCUCCAUUUAAAUUAGUUUUGACGCCUGUGCUCUACAACCAAUAUCUAGUCGUGAGAAAUAUCUGCUCAGUGCUCACUGUAAACGGUUACCAUGAAUCUAAUGAUUGAAAUAAGGGAUUCUAUUAAUAUAUUGGCACCUCAGCUCGACAAACACUGUUUCUGGGCAGAAAUAUUCUGACCUUUUAGCUCAAUGUUCAUUUUCACUAGCACCUGUCACAUUAAACGUGUAAACCAUGCUUUGAGUUUUAUAUACGCUGUCUGUCUUUUUUGUCAAAUCUCAAUGUUAUAGGCUGAAGAAUGUGCAUUGCUGUGGAUAUUGCAACCGGUAUAUUCUCUCUUGUCUAGAAGGGAUAAUUUUGCUGCUAGGGGAAUGAUUCAGACUAACCUUAAUGCUUCAACUUUCAAUCAAUGAUGAUUACCCUAAAACUUGCAAAUAGUUAGUAUGCUUCCUCAUUUUCCCCUUCACUUACAAAGAAUCUAUCUGCUAAAUCAAAGCGAUUAAGUGUAUGUUGAAAUUCUUUUUUAAGGUACAUUAUACCACCUGUUGACAUCUCUAAUCACCUGCUUUUUAUUUAGGUGUUUGAAACAAACCAUUAAGAGGCAUUUAGAACAUAUCAGACACUGAGUCUGAACUUCCAGUGGAAUUGUUUCCUCAGGGAAAUGUGUAUUUGUAACAAAUCAAGAAAUACAAUGAAGUUAAUUACCUAACUGAAUUAAAAACUAAUCCUGUUGGUAAACAUUUUAUUACAGUUCUAUUGUAUGUAGAUUGCUGUGCUACCAAAUCCAAUCUCCCAAACUCUUAAGAGGCUUCUCUGAAAAAGAAAAAAAAACUUUUGUAAACGUAAAUUACUUAGCAAAUGUUUUGUACUUGUAAUUUAUUUGUAUUUAUUUGUAUUUCUUUACAUAGUAUUGUAUUUCUAAUUUUCUUUCGUUUUCUUUUCAAUAAAUGUGGUUGUCAAAUAAA